UAAUCGUAUUCUAUAAUGUAAGGAAUAUGACAGGAUAAAAGUUGUACAGUCGUCUCUGAUUUCUUAUCCUUUAUGGGUUACCCUGUAGUUUGAAAGUGUUUGGUUGAAUAUAUUUUACUGUAGUUUAUGGAGUAUACCCAACCUUGGUACAGCUGUUGUACUCUUCAAUGUUCUCACAUUUCAGAACCUGUACUUGUAUGAGCUGGGUUCUCUGCUGUAUCAACCUACUCAGGACUUCAGAGUUUGCAUGAAUGUUUUCAAUUUGGAGUUUAUCUAUUCACUGGUCACCUACUUCUUUACCUUCUUUGGGUUGUUCCUCCGGAUGUUCAUCAUCCUAUAUCCAGAAAACUUGAUGAUGGAAGGAACCAGUAUUUUAAAGUUCUGCUAUAUAGCCUUCUGCUCCUGGAUGGUGUUCCUAGGGAUUGUGAACUGGAUGAACUCCCCGGCCUAUCCUGAAAACUUUUUCUUGAUAAUUUUGUGCUCGGGGGAAAGCGUUCUGAACAUCAAGCAUAAGCAGUUUAAAAAGGCCCGACUCCUUUACAUUACAUUUCUUGGACUGAGCCUCAUAUUCAUGGGUUUAGUUCAUUACAGGAUAACUAAGUUUCUCAGGCUGAAAGUGCAAGGAAGUAUAAAAAGGGUUGGUAUGAGAUAUAGAAGAACUAUUGUUAACUACAGGCAAUGUUUGAGAAAAGCUCUUCAGUGUAUUUUCUUCAGACUGUUUGGUGAGGUAUUGAUCCAUGUUCUCUACAACAAUCCGGAGAUUGCAUUAGAGUCAGGAAACAAAAUAAUCAUCUCAUUCUAUCUAAUCAAGGAAGUUCUGAUGAGUGCUGAUCUGGUGUACAAUCUAAUUAUCUGCAGGCGGGAAUUUAAAGUACUCUGGAGCCAGAGGAAUAUCAGUGAGAAGAUUAAAGUUGUUUCAGUCCUAGCAGCACUGCAGCAGUCCUUACCUCAUCCAACAUCAACACCAUUUAUUCGAUAGAUCAAUCAGAUCAAUCAGAUCAAUCAGAUCAGCCAGAUUAAUCAGAUCAAUCAGAUCAAUCAGAUCAAUCAG